AUGCCGUUUUUCACCAGAAAGCCCCCUUCACCACCAAUAGUACCAACCGACACCUUUACCCCUCUACACUACUGGGAUACUCAACCACAUACAAAAUCAAUCUGCGUGGACGUGACAUUACGAUUUGACGAUGUACUCGAUCCGGAAAAAGUCCGUUCUUCGCUCGCCCACUUAUUGACAUUUGGCGACUGGAGAAAAUUAGGUGCCCGCCUCCGUCAGAAUGCCGCUGGCAAGUUAGAAUACCAUAUACCUGCAGAGUUCGAUGAAACACGACCUGCAUUUAUUUUCACAACAGACCAAUAUAACAUUUCAGCAUCGGAACACUCUGUUGUAUCACGAUUACCUACUGCAGCUUCAACGCCAUGCUUAUACGGGGGAACUCAAGACUUCCGGUCGUUUUUUUGCAGCCCGAAGUCGCCGACAACUCUGGAUGGCUGGCUUUACUCGGAUCUCCCGCAGUUGGCCAUCCAUCUUGUCCAGUUUGAGGAUGCAACGUUCCUAUCGGUGACAUUUAUGCACACCCUCAUGGAUGCCAUGGGGCUUUCUGCUCUUUUAUCUGCCUGGUCAGUCGUUCUGAAUGGCGAGUAUGACAAGGUCCCGAUAUUUGCAGGGUUCAGAGAUGAUCCUCUAGCGCCUCUGACCGAAGAUCGAGUCUCACCCGUCCAAUCCGUAAUUGCCGAUAAGCUACUUAAGGGGCUGGGUUUCUUCAUUUUCGUCAUUCGCUUCAUUUUUGAUCUUCUUUGGUACCGCAAAGACAGUGAACGGAUUUUGAUGAUCCCUGGAAAUUACAUUGAUCGAAUGCGGGACGAAGCGAGAGCAUCUCUUGCCAAAGAAGUUAUCGACUCCAAAAACCCAUUUCUUAGCGAGGGUGAUAUCCUUGUCUCGUGGGGCACUCGAGCGAUACUUCGGGCAAUUGGAACUGCAUCCAACCGAACGGUAACGAUUUUCAACAUAUUUUCCUGUCGAGAAAUCUUAAGCAAGAUCGGCCAUAUUCCAUCAACAGGUGUAGCAUUGAUUACCAAUGCCGUCUAUCCCGCACACACCUUCCUUUCAGUACAGGAAAUACUCGAUAAACCCUUGCACUUUGUCGCUUCCCGCAUUCGACAGUCACUCGAACAACAACGAACAAAGGAACAGCUACAGGCAACGAUGACACUUCAAAAGAAAGAAGUUGACAAAAGUGACCGGUUGCCUGUGUUCGGCGAUUCUACUUCGCAGUUGAUAGCGUGGACGAAUUGGCACAAGGCGAGACUUUUCGAGGUUGAUUUCUCAUCCGCAGUCAUCAAGCCGGGGAUCAACUUGAACACACGAGCGAACCCGCUAGGCAUGCCUUCUUACGUCAGUCCCUUUGCGACGACGAAGGAAAUGCCGUUAAGGAAUUCAUGCUCAAUUAUUGGGAAAGACCAUGCUGGAAAUUGGUGGCUGAUAUUUAUUUUGCGCGAUGGAGCAUGGCCAAAGAUUGCGCAGCAACUGGCCUCAUUGCGAGGCAUGAAUGAUACGCCUGAUAUGCAAUGA